UUAACGAGCAAGACUCUGGUUAAGCUGAGACUGGGAACACAAAUAUAUCUCGACAAGUUAGAACCAGAUGCGUAUCUUCCAGCGCUUAAGAGCCUCGUCAUAGACUCUAUUGUUUUUGAAGGUGACGAUCUGUGUGAUGUGCUUCUACGUGGUUGUCCUGUGCUGGAGGAGUUAUAUGUACGUCACGAAAAUUGUGAAGGAACCCCAUUCUGUAUAUGUAGUUCGACCAUCAAGAACUAUGACUUUGAGAUUUUAAGGGGUGGUAUGUCGUUUGACACCCCAAGUCUUGUCUACUACCGCGACUAUGCGUUAGAGGAGUACACAGAUGUGAACUUGGCUUCCCUAGUGGAAGCUAGGCUAGAUAUUCUUUUUUCUAUAAGGAUCAAAGAUCCGGAUCUAUCGGGUCUCAUUAUAGGGAUAAGCAACGUCGAGAUCCUGCAUCUUUCUCCCGCUUCUGCUGAUGUCAUUGCUCGAUGUGUUGAAAAUGGACUAGUUUUACCGGUGUUCAAGAAUCUGGUUAGCUUAUCUUUUGGGAGUAACAACAAACGAGGUUGGAAACUGCUGCCGUAUCUGCUUAAGCAGACUCCAAAGCUUGAAACUCUAAUCAUCCAGGGUCUGGAGGGUUACGCAGGCAAUGCUACCAUUCGUCCCUUCCAAGUGAAGGUGGAUGAACUGCUAAAGCGUUGGAUCACUUGAAGAGUUUUCUUGGAUGAUGCCAGAAGUUCAUAAACCAAUAAGGAAGUUUCGUCCAAGUGCAAGAUCGAUGUACUAUGCUUCUUCUAAGCUUGUAUAAAUAUUGUGCAACAUUAAACUCUUAUAUUUAUUUAUGCACAUUGCCCUUGCCGCUUUUCUUUUUGUAAACCCAUAACUUUAUUUGCUUCUCUUAAAGUGGAAUUUAUAAUCUUUUACAACA